AUGCGGAGCCACGGGAAAGGCCGGGCAGGUCCGGGAGCGUUUGGAAACGCUCCUUCAGCCUGUGCUUAUCCCCGGGACAGGCGCUCGCUGCCCUCACCGGGCCUAUGUUCCCACCGCGCAGCCUACGUCUUGUUUGCCGCAACGAGUAUCGGGCAGGAAGGUGCCUGUGUGCACGUGGUUCGAGUGGAAGUGCAAGCUGGCACGCUGCAGAGGCAUGGGCGUAGGGCUGUGUGUCAGAAGGCUCUGCGGAGCGGCUCCAGUGACAGCGGAGGCAGCGAGGCGGAGCGCAGCGCCGGGCUCCCGGGAAUCCCGGCUACUCCCGGGAAUCCCGUCCACGCAGCGUCCAGCCGGCUCGCAAAAGUUCGAGGGAAGGGUCAGGAGCCUUGUGCGUGGCGUUUGCCGUGCUCCUGGCGUGUGGCCGUGCAGCGGCGGGGAGCUGACCAGGGCCCUUUGCCCAGUGCCCUGCGGCUGCAGCCGCACGGGCCCCUCCUGAGGGCUGAGCUGCCUCCGUGCGCUCGUUCUCCCCUUUGGGCCUAUUUGGAUGUGACGAGUCUAGUGUGUGCGCUGCGAGCGCCCUUGGCUGCUGACUGGCCUCGAGCCUUGUCUCUUUCAUGUACACCACCUAUUAAAGUUCUCAUGCCUGCUCUUUCUCCGACAAUGGAAGAGGGAAACAUUGUGAAAUGGUUAAAAAAGGAAGGUGAAACAGUGAACGCUGGAGAUGCGUUGUGUGAAAUUGAAACGGACAAAGCAGUGGUUACCAUGGAAUCAAGCGAUGACGGCAUACUGGCUAAAAUACUGGUGGAAGAAGGAAGUAAAAACGUGCGGUUGGGCUCGCUGAUCGGCCUGCUGGUAGAAGGAGGACAGGACUGGAAGGCGGUUGAAAUACCGGCUGAUGCUGGUGACCCAUCUUCUCAGGCUCCACCAGCAGCUGCCCCUACCUCAGCUCCUGCAGGUCCUUCAGUUUCAGCACCUCCUAAGCUGGAACAUCACACUGGAAAACUGCAGAUUCGCUUAAGUCCUGCAGCUCGCAACAUUCUGGAGACGCAUGGACUAGAUCCAAGCAAUAUUACACCUACUGGGCCCCGAGGAAUCUUCACUAAAGAGGAUGCUCUCAAACUUCUGCAAGAGAAGCACAAGGGCAAACCCAGUGAAGUGAAACCCAUGGUUUCGCCAGCUCCGCCCCAGCCUACUACAGUGCCUUCUGCUCCACCGGCAACAGCUGGGACUUCUGCUUAUCCAAGGCCAGCAAUUCCACCAGUUUCCACACCAGGAAAACCUCCUCCACCGGGUGCUUUCACAGAAAUCCCAGCUAGCAACAUCCGAAGAGUUAUUGCUAAGAGAUUAACAGAGUCCAAAACUACUAUACCUCAUGCAUAUGCUGCUGCUGACUGUGACAUUGAUGCUAUUUUGAAAUUGAGGAAAGAAUUGGCUAAAGAUGACAUUAAAGUAUCUGUAAAUGACUUUAUUAUCAAAGCAACUGCCGUUACUUUGAAGCAAUUGCCAGAUGUGAACGUAACCUGGGGCGGAGAGGGCCCCAGGCAGCUGCACUCCAUUGACAUCUCUAUUGCUGUGGCAACAGACCGCGGUCUCAUUACACCAGUCAUAAAAGAUGUUGCUGCCAAGGGAAUACAGGAAAUUGCUGCCUCUGCAAAGGCUCUAGCAAAGAAAGCAAGAGAUGGGAAACUAUUACCGGAGGAAUAUCAGGGAGGAUCAUUUAGUAUCUCCAAUCUGGGCAUGUUUGGCAUCAGUGACUUCAUUGCAGUCAUAAACCCUCCACAGGCCUGCAUCCUAGCUGUGGGCCGAGCCAGAACGGAGCUCAAGAUUGUGGAAGAUGAAGAAGGGAAUGAGAAACUUAAGCAGCAUCAACUCAUGACGGUGACUCUGUCAAGUGAUGGUCGGGUGGUAGAUGAUGAACUGGCUUCAAAGUUUCUGGAGACCUUAAAAGCCAACAUAGAGAAUCCGAUGCGACUUGCCUUAUGAUGAACUCAGUGAAGAUUGCUUCCUGCUUUGGCAACGUUUAGAAUCCUGUUACAG